AUGAACGGUAACAACAAUGGUAGUACUACUAGUAAUAGUACCACAUCAACAGCAUCGACAACAACUCCACCUCAGUCACCACUAUUGAGAAUGAAAGAGCAAAAGUUGGUUUCAAAACAAAUAGAAAGACAACUAAAGAAUGAAAAAAAGUUAAUGGACAGCGAACUCAAGCUUUUGUUGCUUGGUACAGGUGACUCUGGUAAGAGUACCAUUGUAAAGCAGAUGAAAAUCAUUCAUAUGAAAGGAUACACACAAGAAGAUAGAAUCAAUCACAAGUCUGUCAUUUAUAGAAAUAUCUUUGAGAUUAUGAACUCUCUUAUCAAUGGUUGCGAGAUAUUACAACUUUCAAUCGAUCCAAAGCAUAACAAUAUUUGUUCAAUUAUUGCUGAUAAAGUUGAUGAAAAAUCAUUCAACAAUAUAGAUUUACAAAUCAUUAUGGAUAUAGAAGCAUUGACAAAGGAUGAUGCAAUCAAGGGUGCUCUUGUAAAUAGUGGAUCUAAAUUCCAAAUACACUCUUCUGCCGAGUAUUUCAUCAAUGCUCUCCCAAGAAUUGCAACUGAUCAAUAUAUACCAACAGAUCAAGAUAUUUUAUGUACUCGAGUAAUGACCACUGCAGUAUCUGAAACCAAAUUCAAUGUUCGUGGUAUUAAUUUCCGUAUGAUUGAUGUUGGUGGUCAACGUGGACACCGUGACAAGUGGAUUCACCACUUUUCAGAUGUCACUGCCAUACUAUUUAUCGUCUCUUUGAGUGAAUAUGAUCAAGUACUCGAGGAAGAUCAUGCAACUAAUCGUAUGUCUGAAACUAUCAAGGUCUUUGAAUCCAUUAUCAAUGCUCGUUGGUUUGUCGACAUCCCAAUCAUUCUCUUCCUCAACAAAAGAGAUCUAUUUGAAGAAAAGAUUAAACGCACCCCAAUCAAUGUCUGUUUUACAGAUUACAAUGGAGGAAAGCAAAACUAUGAAGAAUCUCUUGCUUUUAUUAAAAAGAAAUUAUUGGCAACAAACAAAUCUCCAAAGAAUAUAUACACACAUGUCACAACUGCCACAGAUACAACAAACAUAAGUGCUGUAUUUGAUGCAGUCAAGGAUAUUCUAACAAGACAAACAAUGGAAGAUGGAGGAAUUUAA